GUCAAGAUUCCAAUCACAGAUUUCCAGCAAAGUGAGAGACCAUGGCCCUAACAAGAUCUCAAGCUCGUGCCGCAGCUCAAGAACAACCCGACAAAACGGAGGGGGUUGUUUCCGAGGUGCACGAUGAAGAGCUCUUUGCUGUCGUCCCUGCAUCUACAGCUGUAAGAAAUGUUCGCCUAGAGUCUCAAGUCUCAAGAAUCAUCAACAACUUCUGGAGCGAGACACAAAGACUUGCUGCAGAGACUACAAUACUGCAGAACAAUCAAGCUGAACAAGCGGAAGAAUAUCACGCCGCCUUGACUGCCAUCUACCACGAUUCUCGAAGCAGUACGGCUGAGCUGGCUGCACACCAACAGUGGAUUGAAGGUCAGAUAGGAAAGGCCCUGGAAGACACCAAAUUAGCUCUACAACAGGAACUACAAGUUGUUGCACAUGCCCAGGUAGUUGGCAAUGAAUCGUCACGUUUGUUUAUCUAGGAGCAGUUGCAAUCUGUGAGGGGAGCCGCUCAACGUGAAGCAUUGGAGAUGAAGAGUACUAUAACUGCUCAAGCUAUGAAAAUAGAGCGGGUAGAAAGAGAAAUGAGUAUGGCAAUCACAAAUGCCCGUAGCGCACUGACACAGAGGAUAAAUGAUGUGCUUUUGCAACCACAGGCCACCAUUAACGAAAGUCUGAAAGGUCAAAUGGAGGAAAUGUUGGACGCAAUGCAGGCGAAAAUCGACAUGAAGUUCCAGCAGAUGACUAUGAGUAUUGUGGAGAAUUGUAUUGCGAAGUUGGAGGAGCGUGGUGGUGUUACUACGGGUAGAUUGACGAUUCGGCGGGUUUUAAAACUGGUGGCUGAGUACGUGGCUAACCAAGAAGAGAAGAUGGAGAAUAAAGUCAAACAUCUUGUACAGAGCGCUCACUCCCAGCGUAGCAGCGAAAUGGCGAACAGCUUCGAAAAGUUAGAAAUCAAGAUGACCGAUUCCGUACGUCAGCAAGUGCAAGAUGAAUCAGCAGCAAUGGAACUACGUAUGGAAAACCGAAUUCGUGACAUACUACAAAAAUCCCACGAAAAACGAACAAUUGAGUCGCGUCGUCAAAUAGAGUCCACUCACGCAGUUGAAGAGAAACUUGAACGCACACGCGGUGAACUCGGCACAGACGUUCAAGAAAUCAAGGCAUGUCUGGAUGGACUCGAGCAACAAACGUACCUAUCAUUAAUGUGCAGCCGAAACGUCGUAUUGCGCGCGGCAUUGAAAGGCACAUAUAUGAUUUGGUAAAAGAAAAUAAUCGUUCACAGGAUGAGCGAGUUGGUCGUAUGGAGCAAUAUGUUCAAACAAAACUAUGUCGUGUUCUCCAGGUUGCACCAAGGGUUAACGCCACAAAACCUCCAGAUAAAUCAUGUCCUGUACGGUCCCGACCCCAGCAAGAACAUCUUCCGGCACCGCAUCAAUCUGUCAAGGUCAAACGCGCAACUGACCAAGCGCAGAAAGCUGUCAAACGACGAUCAGAGCUGGCUGCUCGUCGAUACGAUGCUCUUCACAAGGACGAGACAAGUGGUAACUGAUAGCGAUACCGAUCGUUAUGCGGUUGAUAUACAUUUCGAAUACAUUUCGUGAUCAAGCUGUGGCAUCAGCCACUGCCUGGUUAAUUAUUUGGCCC